UACUAUAAAUAAAAGAAAUCGUAGAAAAUCUUAAUACAAGAUAUAGAAUACAAGUGACUUUUUCAAAAAAAAAAACACAUGAUGUUCUUUCCACUCUUUGUAACCCUUCUUAUCAUCAUCAUUCUCAGUUUUAUUUUUCCUAAAGCCAAAAAGAAUGGAAAAAACAUUCUACCACCAGGCCCUUUAGGGCUGCCAUUCAUUGGAAAUUUGCAUCAAUUUGAUGGUUUAACCCCUCAUCUAUAUUUUUGGAAACUUUCCAAAAAAUAUGGAAACAUUUUCUCAUUGAAACUUGGUUCUACUACUAUGAUUGUAGUUUCUUCAGCAAAUCUAGCAGAAGAAGUAACGAAGACACAAGAUUUAGCUUUUUGUAGUCGACCUUCACUUCUUGGCCAGCAAAAAUUGUCUUACAAUGGUCAAGAUAUCGCUAUGUCGCCUUACAAUGACUAUUGGAAAGAAAUCAGAAAAAUAUGUGUUGUUCAUUUAUUUAGUCUCAAUAAAGUACAAUAUUUUAGUCCAAUUCGUGAAGAUGAAGUAUCAAGAAUGAUCAAGAAAAUAUCUCAGCAAGCCUCCACUUCACAAAUUACAAAUUUGAGCAAUAUAGUGAUCUCACUUGCAACUACAAUUAUUUGUAGAAUUGCUUUUGGUAUUAGGUAUGAUGAAGAAACACGCGAAGGGAGGAAAUUUGGCGAGCUUUUAAAAGUGACUCAAGAAAUGUUGGCAGGCUUUUUUGUCUCUGAUUAUUUCCCUCUCUUAGGAUGGAUUGAUAAACUCUCCGGAAAAAUAAAUAAACUUGAGAAGAAUUUUAAGUAUUUGGAUGAGUUUUAUGAAGGACUCAUUGAGCAACAUCUCAAUCCCAAUAGGCCAAAAUCCAUGGAAGGAGAUAUUAUCGAUCUUUUGCUCCAAUUGAAGAAAGAGAAAUCAACUCCAAUUGAUCUUACUUUGGAAAACAUAAAGGCUAUUAUCAUGAAUAUGCUAGUCGGUGGAACGGACACGAGCGCAGCUGCAGUAGUUUGGGCAAUGACAGCCUUGAUAGCUAAACCAAAUGCCAUGAAGAAAGUUCAAGCUGAAAUUCGAGAAAUAGUUGGUAAAAAGUCCAUAGUGAAUGAAGAAGACAUCCAAAAUCUUCCAUAUUUUAAAGCAGUGAUAAAAGAAACAUUUAGAUUGUUUCCACCAGGUCCAUUGUUAAUAGCAAGAGAGACGAUGCAAAAUUCCAUACUAGAAGGAUAUGAAAUUAACCAAAACAUAAUUCAUGUUAAUGUUUGGGCUAUUGCAAGGGAUCCUGAAAUAUGGGAAAAUCCAGAAGAAUUUAUACCGGAGAGGUUUCUGAAUAGUGAUAUUGAUUUUAAGGGCCAAAAUUUUGAGCUGAUUCCAUUUGGAUCAGGCAGAAGAGGGUGCCCGGCUAUGGCACUCGGUGUGGCAACUGUGGAACUUGUACUUUCCAAUCUUCUUUACGCUUUUGAUUGGGAGUUGCCUUGUGGAAUGAAAAAAGAAGACAUUGACACUGAUGUUUUGCCUGGACUUGCAAUGCAUAAGAAAGAACCUUUGUGCCUUGUUCCUAGAAAUUAA